AUGCCGACCAUAUUGGACACCAACCAAAAUGCCAUAAAUGGCUUUAAUCUUUUGCUAUCUUCUCUCAUAUGCAUUGCCACCAACAAUCAGUCUUGCGUUAUGGUUCGCUCCAAACACUCUUACUCUCUACUGCGUUAUCAAUUUAACAAUAAAGUGACGUAUCAAUUGCUGCUGCUAUUACUCUCUUUGUGUGGCCUCAGCAUUGGACUGAUUAUUCUUUAUGGGCACGGCAUUAUCAGUCAAAAAAAUGUUGCCGUCUUAAAAUUUUUCAAACGACAAAUUAGCGAGAACUCAUUGAAAGAACACAUCGCCGUUAGCACAAAUCGUCAGCUACGUGAUUGGCAUAAGGGGCCAGAAGGUGUGGAUGAAAUUGGUCAGAGGGCCACAACGAAUAACUUGCAGCCUGAGUUUAUUGGCGGUAACAGCGAACAUGGUCUGCGUUUAACCGGUUUUAAUGUCAACAUUUCACGGGGGUUACCGCUGCAGCGUUCACUUCCCGAUACUCGACAUAAAAAAUGCCAACGUAUGCGUUACCCAUCCCUUUUACCAAAAUGUAGCAUAAUUGUAGUUUAUCGCAAUGAACAAGCGUCUGUCCUCUUACGAACUUUACACAGUCUCCUGGACAGAACACCUGAGAAAUUGCUGGAAGAGAUCAUUUUAGUCGAUGAUUAUAGUGAUCCUCAAGAUGAUGAUGAAGGGCUACAAAUUUAUAUGAAAAACAAUUUCGGAGACAAAAUACAAAUGGUACACCUUAAGCAGAGAGAAGGCUUGAUAAGAGCUCGUUUGGAAGGUGCGCGAAGAGCCAAAGCAGAGGUUUUGGUAUUCUUAGAUGCCCAUAUUGAAGUCAAUGUUAAUUGGUUACCCCCCUUACUGGCACCCAUAGUUAAGGAUUCCACAACCUCAACUACUCCUAUAAUAGAUAUCAUAAAAUAUGAUACCUUUGAGUAUCAGGGAGCCAUGCCUUCCAGAGGGGGUUUCAAUUGGCAAUUUAAUUAUGUUCAACUGCCUUUGCUCAAGGAAGAGGAGCGACUCAUCCCCAGGCCUCAUAAUAAUCCUGUUAUGAAUGGCGGCUUAUUUGCCAUUACGAAAAAAUUCUUUUGGCAUUUGGGUGCUUAUGAUGAAGGUCUGGAGAUUUGGGGUGCCGAACAAUAUGAGCUAAGCUUUAAAAUAUGGUUAUGUGGUGGGAAACUACUGGAAGUCCCCUGCUCCCGUAUAGGUCAUUUGUAUAGGUCUCCCGAAUUUGCUGUGAGUUAUACGAAACGCAAGGAUGAUUUCAUAUCAAAGAAUUACAAACGAGUAGCUGAGGUCUGGAUGGAUGAGUACAAGGAUUUCCUAUAUGAGCACAUACCCAAACUCAAUCAAAUUGAAGCUGGCGAUCUAACCAAGCAAAAAUUGCUGAGACAACGGCUGCAAUGCAAACCCUUCAAAUGGUUCAUGGAGCAUAUUGCCUUUGAUUUGCUAAAGAUCUAUCCCCCUAUAAAGCCUCCAGAUUUUGCCAGUGGUGCCAUUAAAAGUUUAGCUCUUCCAGAUUACUGUUUGGAUGUUGAUAAUAAGAAAACUCGCCUUAAGCUUGAGGAUGUAUUAAGACCCUGCUCCCCUGAUCUAAAAUAUCCCUAUGACUCUCAAAAAUGGUAUUUGGGCUUUCGUAGGGAUUUGCAACACCAUGGCAAUUGCUUGGAGGUACAAGCCUGGGGUUCUCAUGCCCCCAUUUGGUUGUGGCCUUGUCACAAUAGUGGCGGUAAUCAAUGGUGGUAUUAUGAUCGAACCACUCAAAUGUUGAUACAGGGUGAGAAGGAGUAUACACAACGCUGUUUGGAGGUGGAUAGCAAGACCAGGGAGAUUUUUGUAAAUUAUUGUGAUUUGACUAGAAUACAGCAAAAAUGGAAAUUUGGUUAUAUUAAUGAAACGGCCAUGGAUAAUUUUUUUAUGGAAUUAAAAUAAGUAGCUGAAAUCCUGCUUAAGAGGAUUGGAGAACUGAAGAAUUCUUAACAAAAUUAAAAAUUGAUUUUUAUGAUAACAAUCCACAAAGUAUUAUUGUUCUGCUUGUAACAUAAUGAAAUAUUAAUCUAAGACACAACGAAAUAUAUAUAUUUGUGAUCGUCUUGACCUUCUAAGUCAUUUGAGCCAAGUCCGUCCAUUUGUU